UUGUGUGUGCGCCUCCCCGACGCUUCACAGCGCAUGUGAAGCUGUUGUUUCCAGAGAGCAGGACAAUCAGACAGGCUGCUGGAACAAGAAAAGAGAAAGCAGUUUGUCUUCUGUUUUUUUUCGGUUACUCUACUUGUAUCACUUCUCUUUCAUUAACUUGGAAUUGUCGCAAUCGCGGAUGAACCUAGGAUGGUUUUUGACUGUGGUGGUACAAAGAGCAUUAUGGAUUUACCACAGACUAGACACGCUGUCUAGUGCUCCAAAGUUUUGAUUGUCAUCGUUUUCCCCUGAGCGGAGCACAGCGCUGAACUUUGACGCAGCAUUUGAAGAAAAACCAGCGAACACAUGUGAGGACUUUUGGGAGAGAAUAUUCAGCGGAAAGUCUUCUGGCUGCUCUUUAUUUAUCUCUCAUGGGGUGACCCACAUAUUGCUCCUAAGACGUGACUGUUGGACAUGUAGUCCCCCUCCCAGCGCUUUUCCUGUCCUUCACAUAAGGGAAAUAAUUAAUGGCAUAGACACUCUGGACAACUCUACAGUGUGAAUGAUUCUUUGUGGUAAAGUCACUGUGCUCUGCCACCCUGUCACCAUGAAGAGCAAAUAUUCCGAGUACUACAAUUCGAGUCUGAUCCGUUCCUACUAUGCCUACGCCAAGAAUAUGACCACUACGGAAAUGAAUGAACACAUUAAGAGUAAAAAAGAGCUAACUCCUCUCCAUAUUGUCAUUGUGGUUCUCUGCACCAUCAUCAUCCUGGAGAAUCUCUUGGUCCUGAUUGCUGUCUUCCGCAACAAGAAGUUCCACUCUGCCAUGUUUUUCUUCAUUGGCAACCUGGCGUUCUCUGACUUGUUGGCAGGCUCCGCCUACAUAGCCAACAUAUUCCUGUCAGGGUCAAGGACUUUUGAACUGAAACCCGUGCAGUGGUUCAUCAGGGAGGGCACAGCAUUCAUCGCUCUGGCUGCUUCAGUCUUCAGCUUGUUGGCAAUAGCUAUAGAGCGCUAUAUUGCCAUUACCAAGGUUAAGGUGUAUGGUUCCAACAAAACAUGUCGUAUGUUUCUCCUGAUAGGAACUUGUUGGGUCACCUCCAUCCUGCUUGGAGGACUUCCCAUCAUAGGGUGGAACUGCAUCUACAACCUCCCUGACUGCUCGGCUGUACUGCCACUCUACUCUAAGAAAUACAUCCUUUUUGUUGUCACCAUUUUCAGCCUCAUUUUGCUCUCUAUUGUCAUCCUCUAUGUGAAGAUCUAUUUGAUUGUACGCUCAAGCCACCAAGAAGCAACCAACUCACAAGCAUAUUCCCUUUUGAAAACAGUCACAAUAGUGCUGGGGGUCUUCAUCAUGUGCUGGCUUCCAGCUUUUACCAUCCUACUCUUAGAUUCAUCCUGCAAUAUACGGCUCUGCACCAUCCUCUCCAAAGCAGACAUCUUUUUUAGCUUUGCUACUUUGAACUCAGCUCUUAACCCUGUGAUAUACACUCUGCGGAGCAAGGACAUGAGAAGGGAGUUCCUGCGUGUGUUGUGCUGUUGGGGGGUGCUGCAAAGCGGACGGCCCUCUGAACGCUGUCUGGUCCCUCUGAAGAGUUCCAGCUCUCUGGAACACUACACCAACAAACUUGAGCACCAGACAACACCCAUCAUGCAAGAUUGUACCACCUGUGUCUGAAAUGGUCCUCUCACAUCAGAGGUUGUUUGUCUGUGUGUGUGCGUGUGUUUAUAUAUGAGAGAGAGCUUGUGUGUGUAUGAAAUUAAAUAGAAGGGCUGUGACAAGAUAGGUAGAUUUUACGAGGAGAGUGAGUGUGCCCUGGGAUCGAAGUAUCUGAUGAGACUAGGAUGGAGCUGUCUGUUGGGACACUUUCGACAAUGCAAACUGUUGUUUUUUUUUUUUGUUUUUUUUCUUCUAUUACAAUCAAAAUUGUGUGACUUCACAAUCAGCAUUUAGUAGAUCACUUGUGAAGCAUCUGUGAAAACACAAUGUUUUAACAGGGAACCAAUUUAGAGGGUUAAAAACUUUCAGAAAUGUGAAAAAGCUUUUAAUGGGUACUUUUAUUGAUGAAUAAGGAGCAUUUUUAUAUAUGCUAACAUGUUUUGUUUUACCUUUCUAAACAUGUAAAUCCCAGUUAAAAGCCAAAAAUGGAAACAAACCACGCAUAAUAUCUUGUUUAGAGUUAUUAGUUUGCGGCCUUUCAACAACUGUGUCAAUGCAAAGAUUGCAAAAUUGCACUUUGUAGAUUACCAUAGAGAUUUUUCUGUCUAAGGUUUGACCACAUCACUCUCCUCUCCACUGAUAUAUUUAUGCACAAGGCCUAAAGAUUGUUCUCUCAUUCUUUAUAGAGCCAGAAAUAGUGAACCACUUCUGAAAGCACUUCUCUGCACAGAAGUCAAACUAUUAAGUGGUCCCUCAACAAAACUAGGGCUAUAUAAUCCCUGUAUAACUUUGCUUAACCAAUUUGAUUAACUUCAAUAGGUACAUAAUCUGCUGACAUGUAAUGCAUGAAACUUUAACACAUUUGUAAACACUCAUGUGUAUGAUUAUAUAUUCCAGCUCCAGCUUCCAUCACUAACCCCCCCCCCAUGUGUCCUCAAAAUCUGUCCCUCUUGCUUUUAUUAUUGUCUUUUGUAUUUUAACAAUUUCCGUCGAGGAAGGCCAAAUGACAAAGCACAUUUCCUAAAGUGGGUUGGCACUGAUGGACUUUACCCAGUGACAGUUCUCCAGCAGCUUUGACUAAAGAACUAAUGCCCUGACAAGUGUUGUAGCAACAUAGCAGCAAUGUGCUGUCUUAUGUUUGUGCCUUCCUCUUGGGAAAAAAAGGCUGAAUGUAUGUAUGAAGUGUUUUGGAGCACUGUGCUCCAUUAUUGACAGUAUUAUUGAUCAUCAUUAGAUCAUUAGAAUUACCAAGUCAUUGACGAGCAGAGAGUGGGAUGAACAGGGUAGGUCACUCUCACUGUGAAGUCUUAUUGCACCAAGAACAAAAUUAGUUGUGAACAUCCUAGUUUAUUUUGCUAGCCAUAUACUUUGUACAACAAGAUGUAAACAUGUCUCAUCUUUCCAAAGACCCCACAUUUAGUCUACACAACAGGAGAAAAUCCAGAUCCAAAUAUACAGGAGGGAUUUGCCCUACUUGGGGGGGUCAGCUGCAUCUUCAUUUUCUGACAUCCUACAAUGCAGAACUUCCUUCAGCAAUAGGAAGUCCUGUUUUUAAUUGUGUGGUUCCUGUUGUUCAGGGUUACACUAACCUUCUUCCUGGAGACACACAAUUAAAACUCUUCUUUGUCAGACUUUUCUCACACUUAGGUGGCCAAUUAGAAAUGGUGAAAAGCACUUCGGCAGCUUCAGUGAUAUUUGCUUUCCCCCAUUUUUGUUCAGGUGGAGAGGUGUUUUGAUCUGUGUACCUAUGACUUCAUUGUAUGUCUGAAUAUGACUUUUUAAAUGCUAAAAAUAUGAAUAUGUAUGUUUGUAAGUAUGUAUGUAACUUUGUACAGUAUGUAUGAUUUUAUGUUGUAUGAAAUGUCUUGUGUGCAAUAGCUUUGUGUGUCCUGUAGCACGCUGCCUGUGUUAAAUUGGUACAAUCUGAAACACUAAUGUAGGUACAUAAACAUUUUGUUAUUUGCAUUCCAGUUUUAUAAAAUAAAUAAAAUACUGAAACGAA